AUGGAGUUGGCAACUACAAAAUCAUUGAAGUCUGAGCAAUCAAGGCGCAAGAAGAUUGCAGCAAAGAAAAAAGAAAUAAAAUUGUGGAUGUCAACUAACGAUGUUUCUGUAAUGUCAAGUAAUGGGGUCUCUCUGAAUAUGAGAAAAAGAAUCAAGAAAUACAUCAAACAACACCACAUUGUGGAGAAGGACAUAAAGGCCGAUGUAGAUCUGAAAUAUUUUCUAGAUGAUAAUCGUUUUGCCACUGAUCGUAUCAGAGAGCCUCUGUGGGAGUAUCUGGUCAAGAAUGCAGCAGUAAAAAGUGUACCCAUGCUUAAAAGGAUGGAUCAAAGCGGAUGGAAAAGAUUGUACGGAUAUAUGAAGCCGGUGAUCUACAAAGAGAAAGAGGACAUUGUAGAAAAGGCAGGAGAAAAGCUUGUUCAGAUGAUCUUCAUAAUACAAGGUGAAUUUGAGUGCACCAACACAAUGCUCACCCACCCUAAUCAUCUAAAGAAAGGUAAAUGUUAUGGAUCAAUACAAAUUCAAAACUGGGCAGCAAGGAACUACAUGAGGUCUUAUUAUGACCCUCUUCCUACUUCCACCGGACGGGUCAGAUGUCAAACAAAAGUUGAAGCCUUUGCACUCCGGGCCUUGGACUUCUUACGUUUUGUCCAGCAGAAUUUGAACCACUUUGUGCAGUUGAAAAAGUUGGCAGCGGCCGACGACAUCAGUACUCCUCAUCAGACACACAACCAGGAUGAUCAACAUUCUGUGGAGUCAUGGGAAUGUCCUAAGAGUGGCCUGGUGAAACUCAUGUUGACGUGA